UUUCGUUCUUUGAUUUCUUUCAGAAAUUUGAAGUUCAUUACUUUAUUGUGGUGUUUUUGAAUUUAUAAAGAUAGAGUGAAAAUCUAAUCCCUUUAAAGUUCAAGAGUCGUUUCUAAUGGAGUCCGAGUUACAUCAAGUAAGAUUGCAGUCAGCUGGGUUAUCUGAGAUUUGGUAAAAUACAAAAUUAUAAACAUAAAAAAUGGCCCCAAAGAAACUCACCGCUGUCAACACGGCUGAGGAACUCGAGGAUAUUUCGACUGCAGAAAAUGCUAUGCCUGAUAAAAAGCCAGUAAAAAGCACUAAAAAGCGAGGUCCACGUGUUAAAAAGGUUAAAGUAAACCCUCGAACUCCAACCGUCGUGAAGGUUAAGAUUCGUCGCCCGACUCAAAAAGCAAAAAAGACCAGUUUGUCAGAAACUACUGAUAAACCUGAAAAAUAUGGCAUUAAAGACCUGGGGCAACAACAUUUGAUUGACCUGGCUAAUGAAGUUGCACUGGCUCAACUUGUCAACAACAGCUCACCUAAACUUGAAGUCAAGGUGGCCACAAAAAAAUCCAAAAAAGAAACUAAGCCAAAGAAGGAACUAAGUGAAACAGCUGGUGCUGAAAAAGUAAGCGGCAAAGGAAAACGAAAAAUAGCAGCAGUCUCAAAGGCUAAGAAAAAGUCCAUCAGCAAAACCCCUGCCGUCAGCAAAAUACCAGCUAAAAGAAAGAAAAAGGGAGACCCCGCUACCUCAGAAGCUCCAGUAGAAAUGGUUGAGCAGAAGCUAGAAGUAAUUACAGCGGUCGCUAAUGAUACAGUCGCCGACACAGUUAUUACACCGGUAAAAAGACCCAGAGGCCGACCGAGACUCCAACCGCUUACAGCUCCCGUAGUCAAACCAGAAACAGUUCCUAAGCCGGCUGAAGGUAAGAAGCACAGAGUCACCCGGUCUUCCAUUGUCUCACCAACUCCAUCAAAGCAGCCCGAGUUUGACUUCACAUCAGUAACACCCAAAAUUGAAGAUGUUGCUGAGACUGUAUCUAAAUCAGCCACAAUUGACUCAAGAAAAACCUCAGUAUCGGAUACAUUCUCGUGGGCCCAGGAUAUCUCUAGCUCCAGUGUGUCCACCCCCUCGUCCCGGCCAAAAUCAACCACCAUUUGCGUGAAUGGCACGGUGCCUGUCAUCAAGGUGGUGGACUGCAUGAAACACAGAACCAAGCAUGACGUCAGGAAGGCUGCUGUCACAAAGAAACGGAAAAUAACUCCUAAACUUGCGGUAACACCUAAACAACCGAGAAUCGAAACACCGCUGAUGUCUACCCUCAGCUCCCCAUCAUCCAAAAGUGUUACCAGUGCGAGCACAAGUGUAAAUGAUAAUACAGUUAAUUUAGCUAGAGCUCUAGAUAAGAUUAGACAAACACUAAACAGUUUAGACUUGGAGUUCCUUAAAUGGCUCGCCACUGAAGAGGAUGAAAAUGUGACUAGCGAGAAUCCAAUCAAUGAAGACACUCUAAAACUGCUACAACUGGAGGCAGUUUCAUUAAAACUGUGUCAAAACAGAAGGGCUCUUAGCGUCAACUCGGCCAGUGAAAACUCGGUUAAGAAUGACAGUGUUAAAUCAGAUGAGAUCCGCGAAAGCGCGCCAAAGCUGGACUCCGCGGCAGAAAUGCUACCGGCAGCCACUGAGGGUUCAGUCGACAAUAGCAUCCCUCUAGCCAUCCCUGAGAGAGAAGACACAGACAUAGGACAUGACUCCUUCAGUGACAUAGUCAGGCAAAAGUCGUAUGAAGUCAAAAUGUCUUCGUAUAUCGAUGAUGACGAUGCGUUGUCACUAUUCGCGCAAAGCAUAACUGAACUAGAAUCGCCUAGAUUUACCAAUCCUGUCCCGACGCGUACUACGGAAGUAGACGUACAUAAAACCAAACAUAACCAUGAACCUGUAAAGUUACCGACAGUGCCAAAUGCAAUGCAAGCGCCUAAACCCUCAACAAUAAAACCUAAGGAAAUAAAUUUCCAAAGCAACAAAGCCAAAAUAGUAUGCGAAAAACAAAAUGCCGACUCAUCAACAUCUAUAAUUAACAAGGAACAAAAAUCUCUAGGCGCAGAUAAUUUCAUACCGCCACCAAUACCUCAACUACAAGAAAGGCAACCCAAAAAAGAGCAAAAUAUAUUAAAACCCACUGGUUCGCCAAAAGAGUCGUAUCUACUAUCUUCAACGUACCCUGCAAUGAGAACCUCCAUUGUGUUCAAAGGUUAUUGUUUCUUCAAUUUGGCAUCAAAUUGCCAGAAAAACGGUUGCAGGUACCGUCACUCCAUCCCUCCGUUCCAAGAUGUCAUGCAGAGGCUCAACAGCCUCACUGAUGACUAUUUCAUAAUGGAGUACUUACUGCUCCGGCAACAUCCUCAAAUCAAGAAAUCCUUUAUACAGGCCUUUGCCGCAGUCUGCAUUGCCAAACACCUGACAAAUGUUCUAAUAGAAAUAUCAAUGGACGUCUUCACCGAGGAAAAAACUCUUAGAACACACAUCGUAGAGGUGACUCUGCUUCAUCUGAACGACAAAAUACUAGAAGACUACAGCAGUUUACUGAUGCACAAGUUGGACUCAACUACCCACGUAUGCGAUAUGUAUAUGAAAGAGAUAGCUUACACUCAGAACUUCGCCCGUUUCAAGCCAGUAUUCGUCAAUCUGACCAACAUUAUGGUGCAAUCAAAACUGCAGUUUAACAUCGACGUGGCUAAGCACAUAUUCGAACGAGUCUGCAUACUGCCUUACGACGAAAGUUUGAGUAGAGCGUUGAUACAGAUUAUUAAGAAUACAAAAGUGGAUAUUUUUAGUCAUAAUUUCAUGUCGAUGUUGGAAGAUAGACUGGCGGCGAACAACAGUGCUCUCUACGGUGAGCUGUUGAAGUGUAAAGGUUUUGAUCCGAUAGGGAAUAUGGGGCCCAAACCCCUGAUGUCUGAACAGAUGGUGUAUCCGGGGAACAUGCAUUCUGACCGAGAGAACAAGAGAUACACUUCGCCGGAUACUACGCAUUUGGACGCUCUGCAGAACAAGCCGAUAGUUGACACGCCUAUCAUAACGAGAACGAUUAACUUGGGCCAGACUCGCACAUACAUACCAACGCCAUCUGUGGGGCUCGCGGCGAACUUCAACAACACUUCGGGCACUCCGUCGCCAUCUAGCGACGUGGCCGAGGACCACUACAAAAGGCCGGAUGACAGUUACAGACCGAAGGGGAAAUAUAAGGGCACUUGGCGACGGGGAAAUGGGGCUUCGUUUCAGCCGCGGUUCCCGAGUAUCUUUGACAGGAUGAUGUUUCGACCGCCCAGCACUAGAGGGCGCUACGGGGCAAGGGGAAAUCCUGGAAAUUACCCGAGGCCGCCGCGGCCUGGUUUCUACUGAGAAAACUUUUAGCUAGUCUUAUGUGAAAAAAUGUACGAGUAAGUAAAAACUAUUGUUAAAAUAUGUUUAAGUAUCCAAAUGUGAUAUGACAAUGAGUGAAAAUGUAUGUGAAGGGUGCAAGUUUCGGAUUAGUUAAAUGCUCUAUUUGUUUAGGUUAGGUAGGUUAGCUUAAAGUUCAAAUGUGCCUAUGGAAAUAUAAAUAAGCUCGUUAUAACGUGUUUUUUAGGUCUUGUAAUUUUAAAAUGCUUCCAGAGUAUUAAAAGAGGCGUAUAUGCGUGCUAAUAUACAGGCUCCGACUGCGAUAAACAAUAACAAAUAGGAUGGAGUGUCGCAUACAAAUACAAAGAUCAAACCGAGAUAAACGUAAGUUCCACAAAGUGUCCAUUGUACUUACAGCAUGUGUCGCGAUUUUUAAAAUUUCGUAAAACGAACGAACGAAUGCUUUUUUGUGUAUAAUUUUAAUACAAAAAUUACAAAAAUGCAGACUUCGUCAAAAAUAUAAAUUAAACAAUUUCCUUAAUUAUAAAAUAGCUUUAGAUUUUUAUUAUAUUACGGUCAAUAGGAACUCAAAUAGCUACCUCAUUGUAAAAAUAUUAAUAAUAUAUGUAAAGAAAUUUUAUUUUUAUACUAUUGUUUCUAAGUAACUUUCCAUGGUAAAUAACAAGAUUUUCCUAAUGAAUGUCACAUUGAGAACCAACCAAGUCCGUAAAUGUAAAAUGACAAACCAACAUAAAUUUUCGCAUCUGUUAUCGCUCAUCUAGUAAGUACUAAGUAGAAAGCUUUGUUAAACAUGAAUGUGAUAAUGAGGAUGUGAUCCAGAUAUUAUAAACUAAGUUCACUUCGUACGUAUGAGACGCAUUUUGUUAAAAGAAAGUUUGAUUAAAGAAUAUGUAAAACCAGAUAAUUGACAACAUUUCAAAAUUUUAUACAGUUGAAAUUCGAAAACCAUUUAGAGAUAUGGCUCUAAUAUUCACAAUAAAAAUGUUUCCGAUUUUUCUAUUGAUUUAUUUCAGAGAAAAACAUAAAAAUCUAAAUUAUCAUUCGUGCCAUCACGAUGUGGCAUAAUAAUCAAACGCGCUAAUAAUAAAACACGAACAAAAAAAAACAUGUUAUGUCACUUUGACAAUGACAAACAUCACUCAAAUGUCUGUCACUUUUAUGUGUCCUUGUCAAUGACAGAAGUUCGUGAUUGGUCCUUGCCACAAAAUAAAGUUGAA